UUGACGCUAGUCCGCUAACUUCUGUGUGGUCAGCCAACCGAAGCAUGGGGUCCUUUGACUCCUCGUUUUUCACCCGCUAACGCUAUCUAAAUGAUGAAAAAUGCAGUAUCGAGUGUGAUGACAUGAUCGACAUUUUGCUGUUUGAUUUUUUUGUUAAAAAACGGUACAACCAGCCUGUGCGUAAACGGCGAACUCUUCUCCGUAUCCCUCACCUCCCCGAAACAGCGUCCUGUGAGCUGCUAGCUGUGAUGUGAUUAUGAAUAACUACCGUCGAGGGAAGUUAUAAUUGCCAUUAUCACAGCUGAAUGGAUAAAAAAGCGGCUCGUCUGCCUUCAUUUACCGGCCGCAUGCUGUUAUUUUCGCUAGCCUUUUGAGCUCCGCGUCGGGAGGAACCGCUAUAUAUUUUUCUUGGCGGAAAUAACAGAAGACAGACCGCAUACAACGGCACUGUAGUUCACGUCCGACAAUAAUAAUAAAAAAAAAGAUGUCUUUCUUCAAUUUUCGGAAGAUCUUCAAGUUGGGGCCUGAUAAGAAGAAGAAGCAGUAUGAACAUGUACACAGAGACGUUAACCCGGAGGAGAUCUGGGACAUCAUUGGGGAACUGGGAGAUGGGGCGUUCGGGAAAGUGUUUAAGGCUCAGAACAAGCAGAAUGGGACCCUGGCUGCAGCCAAGGUUAUCGACACAAAGACGGAGGAUGAAUUGGAGGAUUACAUGGUCGAGAUCGACAUUCUGGCCUCCUGCGACCACCAUCAUAUCGUCAAACUGCUGGAUGCUUUCUAUUUCGAAGGCAAACUUUGGAUUCUGAUUGAGUUCUGUGCGGGUGGUGCGGUGGAUGCCAUCAUGCUGGAACUGGAGCGGCCCCUGACAGAGCCACAGAUCCGUGUGGUGUGUAGGCAAACCCUGGAGGCCCUGUGUUACCUCCAUGAAAACAAGGUCAUCCACAGAGACUUGAAAGCCGGAAACAUUCUCCUCUCCUUGGAUGGAGAAGUGAAACUGGCUGAUUUUGGGGUGUCUGCUAAAAAUACCAAGACGUUACAGAGAAGAGAUUCUUUCAUCGGCACUCCGUAUUGGAUGGCCCCAGAGGUGGUAAUGUGCGAAACUUCCAAGGACCGUCCGUACGACUACAAGGCCGACAUCUGGUCCCUCGGGGUAACCCUGAUAGAGCUGGCGCAGAUUGAGCCACCUAACCACGAGAUGAAUCCCAUGAGAGUGCUGCUGAAAAUAGCCAAGUCCGAGCCGCCCACACUCAUGCAUCCCUCUCGCUGGUCGCCAGAAUUCAACGACUUUCUGCGGAAAGCCCUUGAUAAGAAUGUGGACAAUAGGUGGAGUCCAGUACAGCUGCUACAGCAUCCUUUUGUCACCAGUGUGACUGAUAGCAGACCUCUCAGAGAGCUCAUCGCAGAGGCCAAAGCUGAAGUCACAGAGGAGAUUGAGGAUAGCAAAGAGGAGGAGGAGGAGGAAGAGCCUGAUACACCUGUGGCGGCUCCUGGCCACAAGCGUGCCCCUUCAGAUGCCAGCGUGGCCAGCUCAGAGGAUGACAAAGUCCCACCAACUCCCUCCACACUGGAAUCUGUUACAGAAAAGACAGAGGCCGAGCCCGCUGAGGACCGGAUCAGUGAUAAGCUCUCUGAUGAAGGACUUGGAACAAGUGAAGUAGACAAGACAGAGGAGGAAAAAAUCAAUGAGGUGUCUGAUGUCAGUAAUGAAGACCUGGCACCUGGGCUAAUAGAGCCCUCCAAGGACGUGAUCUCACAAGAUCCAGAGCCUAAACCAGAAGAUGGUCAGGCUUUGGAGAUUCCUGUAGUGUCGCAGCCAGAAGAGCCUGUAGAUACAGCGGAUACCCAAGAACUUGUCACAGACGGUCAAGAAACAGAGGAGGAACAGAAGGAGACGCAAGAAGGGAAAAAGAAGGAUGAACCUACCCAAGUAAUAGAAGAAGCAAUAGAGGCAGAGGAGGUGAAAGAAGAAGAAGAAAAACAAGUAAGUACAGAAGAAUCCAAAGAGUCACAAGAGCAACCUGAAGAUGCACCAGAAGAACCAGAAUCCAUACGAGGAGAAGUGGCACAAGUAGAAGAAGAAAACAAAGAACCAGAUGAGGAGAUGCAUCAGUGUGUUACAGAAGAGAGAAUAGAAGACACAGCUAAAGACACAGUUGUAAACAUAGACACAGAGAAUAUAGAAUCAAAUGUAAUAGGCACAAAUAUAAAUGGAGUCACAGACACAAAGUCAAGUGUAGACGAGUCCCUCGCUGAGGUUGUGUUGGAGAAGGAAGCCAUAGAAAGUCAGCCAGAGGAGAAGCCUGAGGAUAAAGUCCCUGAGGAGGCAGAGCAGCCAGAGCAGGACAGUCAUCCCCACAAGGAUGAAGUGGAGGUACAGGCACCAACUGAAUCCACAAAUGGAGUCAGUGAUGAAGCCAAAGACACCUCUGAGGAUUUAGAAGAAGUGGUCCCGUGUAAAGAUGUCCCUGUGAAGGAAGAUGAGGAUAAAGCCACUUGUGCAGAUGAGAGCGUUUCCCAAGAUGCUGUCUCUGUCCCAGAGAGUGAAACAGACUCAGAAAGCAAGAUCGAACAUGGAAGCCCUGCUGUGAUCAAGCCAGAUGUGGAGAAGGACUCUGACUCUGGAAGCAGCUCUGCUGCUGAUAGCAACAGUCUUGACCUCAAUCUGUCCAUCUCCAGCUUCCUGUCCAAGAGCAAAGAAGGGGGCUCUGUGUCCAUGCAGGAGUCAAAACGUCAAAAGAAGACUCUGAAGAAGACGCGUAAGUUCAUGGUGGACGGUGUGGAGGUCAGUGUGACAACGUCAAAGAUAGUGACGGAUAAUGACACAAAGAGCGAGGAGAUGAGGUUCCUAAGGCGGCAGGAGUUGAGAGAGCUGCGCCUCCUCCAGAAAGAGGAGCAAAGGGCCCAGCAGCAGCUGAGCAACAAGCUGCAGCAGCAGAGAGAGCAGAUCUACCGGCGCUUUGAACAGGAAACUACUGCUAAGAAGCGUCAAUACGACCAAGAAGUGGAGAAUCUUGAGAAGAAGCAGAAGCAGACCAUUGAGCGCCUGGAACAGGAUCACACCAGCCGGCUCCGAGACGAAGCCAAACGCAUCAAAGCGGAUCAAGACAAGGAGCUCUCCAAGUUCCAAAACAUGCUGAAGAACCGGAAGAAAGAGGGCGAGUGCGCUGUUUGCUCUCCUCCGCAGGCAGUGGCCCAGGUUAUGAUACAGUCUUUUCAGUUGUCCUCAUGCGCACUCUUCAACGCUCAGAUGCAGGAUGAGCAGGAGUUCCUACAGAAGCAGCAGCAAGAGCUGGAUGGAGCUCUAAAGAAAAUCAUUCAGCAGCAUAAACUGGAGAUCACCACUAUUGAGAAAGACUGCCUCAACCACAAGCAGCAACUGAUGAGAGCUCGAGAGGCAGCCAUGUGGGAGUUGGAGGAGCGCCACCUGCAGGAGAAGCACCAGCAGCUGAAGCAGCAGCUGAAAGACCAGUACUUCCUGCAGAGACACCAGCUGCUGAAGAGACAUGAGAAAGAAAUGGAGCAGAUGCACCGCUACAACCAGCGGUUGAUAGAGGAGAUGAAGAACAAACAGACUCAAGAGAGGGUUCGUCUGCCCAAGAUUCAGCGCAGCGAGGCCAAGACCCGCAUGGCCAUGUUCAAGAAGAGCCUCCGCAUCACCGCCACAGCAUCCGUCACCCCGGAGCAGGAGAGAGAGCGGAUAAAACAGUUUGCUUCUCAGGAAGAAAAGAGGCAGAAGAACGAGAGGCUCCACCAACACCAGAAACACGAGAACCAGAUGAGAGAUCUGCAGCUGCAGUGUGACUCAAACAUCAGGGAGCUGCAGCAGCUACAGAAUGAGAAAUGCCACCUACUGAUUGAACAUGAGACCCAGAAGCUGAAGGAGCUGGAUGAGGAGCACAGCCAAGAGAUAAAGGAGUGGAGAGAGAAGCUGAGACCCAGGAAGAAGGCGUUAGAGGAGGAGUUCACACGGAAGCUCCAGGAGCAGGAGGUCUUCUUCAAGAUGAGCGGCGAAUCCGAAUGCCUUAACCCGACCACCCAGAGUCGAGUCUCCAAAUUCUACCCCAUCCCGAACCUGCACAACUCCGGUUUAUAGCCUCGUGUCUGUCUGUGCUACGAAACGGACUCCUGUCAAACUUAGCUGCACUCACAGACUCUUCUUUGUGGAGCGACAUCAUCCCUCCGUCAGUUACUGAUAAACACGACAAUGUCUUCACUGCUUUGAUUCCACCAUUAGUGAGCAUGACGUGCCUACACACUGUUCCCUCACUCAAUCAAAUGUUCUCCGCUUGUUGGGAAACGUCCAGUGGAUAAUAUGCACUUUUUUGAGCAUGUUCAAAUUUUAAAAGUCUGCAGUUGGUAGCCAAGGCCGAUCAUGCUUAUCACAUUAUUGUAAGCACAGCCUGCUAUGGUAUGAAUGAUCUCCAGUGCCUCAUAUGUUCCUUUUUGUCUGCAUUUAGGCCCCAGCUUGCAGUAAAUACAAAGCCCUCUGAAUGUCCUGCACUUAAAUAAAUAACUGCUUAUCAUUUCCACCCAUAAUCACAAAAACGUGAGAGAUUAUUUUAAUCAAUUUGACAUUAGCUGAUGAGGAACUCUGAAAUCUUACUUGCUGCUUGUAAGGUAGAGCUGGUUUAAAGGAGACGUGCUGAGGAGUCAGCGGACUCAAAAGAAUAAGUCUGUAGUUGUAAGACUUUGUUAUGUCUGUGUGGUCUUACGUGCGCAGUGUCUAAUGUCGUCACAGGAGUCAAACAGUGGCGCGUCGGGCUGCGAGUUCAAAUUAAAAGGAAUGUACUGUGUUGUAAAUGAUGAGUGAAAUGUUACCUGUGUGCACCUACAUAUGAAGUUUAAUCAGAUACUGUGCUUACCAUGAGGAGUUUACAGUCUCGAGAUCAAAAAUAUAUCCGUUGCUUUAGCACAUAAUUUAAUUUCAGUGCUGUACAUUCCCCAGUUUAGUUGAACACAGAGGUGACCUGUUACUUCCUGGAGAAUUAUGAAGUACUUUUUUUAUAUUUAGAUAAUGAAUCACUUUAACUUCUGGGAGUUAGUUUGAGCAGUGUUCUCACAAACAAAUGCUUUGUUGUGAAGUAUGAAUACUAAAGGAAUGUAAAGCUGUUGAUUUGCACUGUUUUGCCACUUGAGCUAAAGAAAAAAAAUAUGCAGUAGUAAUCUGUCAGUGUUUUUGACAGUGAGUCACCUUUGUCUCACCCACGCCUAUUCAAACUCCAAACUGACUGAAUCUGUUUGUUUUAUCUCAUUAUUUUACCCUUUUUUUUUUCUUUUUUUUUUCAAAUAUGCCCUUAGUAUUUUAUGACCACAUCUAGUUUUGUAAACAUGUAUUCCUGAUAUAUUGACGCUGUAAUUGCUCUUUUUGGUGAGCUUCCGCUCUUGUUGAGACCAGUGUUGUAUGAAAGGUAAAAUGCUGUAUCUGUAACCGUAUGAAUUUCAACGUGUCAGAAAAAUGUCCUUCGCUGUAUUUUAUGAGCAAAGUAUUGAUGGUUCACAAGAAGAAGACCUACUUCAACAUAACCUGAUUCGUUUAUUUUGCCGCUGCAUAUCAUUGAUGCAUGUUAUCAUGUCUGUAUGCUGACAUUAACAUUGACUAGUGUUUUGUCAUGAAUGCUGGAUUUUGAUUGGGGGUUAUUGGAGACUGUCUUGUGAAUUACACCAUACGGCCCAUAGAUUUCAAAUAUUUUUUUAUUUCGUUAAGUUACAGCAUUUUGAUGUGUCGAUAAGUUGUCAUUCUACCACAAUGAAUAUUCUUAGCAUAUGCAUUUUUGAUGUCAGAUCAAAUAUAUUUAAAGUGUCUUUAUAAAUGGACAUUUUUUUUGUUGUAAAUAAAAUAUUGACUGUUUAUUUGAACACCUCAAGUGAAAUAGUUUUCAAUUUAGUCAUACAAAUAUCAAGACUCACAAGUCCAAAAAUAGAUUUAUUUGUGUGUCUUUCAAAUAUAUUGAUCAAAUGUCAAUAAGUUCAAUCAUGUAAAGACAUAACCUGGGAACAUUUUAUAAUUUAAUCUUUCCAACACUUAAAGGUAUAAAGAAAAUAUAUCAAUUCUUAUACAAAAAUAUACAAUCCAAUCAGUCAUUUGUUAGUGAUUAUCUGAGUCCCUGUCUUUCAACCAUUAUUUUACCAACAAACCUUUCAAGUAAAUCACCAGUCCUGACUGCAACAACAUUUACUGUGAACCCUCGCCCCCCUCUGACCGGGACUGUGUCAGGUUCAGAUAACGAUGCAUUGCUUUAUAAAAUGUAAAUUGUUCUGUAAUUUGUGUGGGGUGAAUGGAUAACUGCCAGUCUUUAAGGGCUGGAGUUUGGCUUGAUUUACGUGGAUAAUCUGACAAUAUUGUAGCCUUUUAAGAAACAUAAAUGACACAUUUAACACUCCUAUAGUCCUCAAUACAGUAUAAUCCUCAAAAGACAAUGAAUACAAAAAAAA